CGAUUAUAUACGGCUGAAAGAAACAUGGCGUCGGCAACAUAACCACAGUGAAAAUAUUGUGUAGCUAGCUAAAUAAAACGUAACAUAUUGUUGUUUAAUUUUUUACCCUUCAUAAAAGCAUUGGACUCAUGCCAGAAACAUAGGCUCGAAAUCAUGACUACUUGGUCGGAAAAAAUGCUCCAGGUGCUUCGCCGAAUGAAUAACUUUUAUUCGCCAGGUUAGAGUUAAAACUAUUUGUGAUGACUGGAAGUGAAUGACAGCUGUAGCUAGCUAUGUGUGUUUGAUAGCGAAAUUAUUAGAUGUUAUGCCGCGUUCACGUGCUAGUCAGAACUAGGAAACUCUGAAAUGUCUGACUUAUAACUACAACUAGUUAGCAAGUCGGACAUUUCCGAGUUUCCUAGUUCCGGCUAGCACGUGAACGCGGCAUUAUCUAGCCUAUACUACAACACAUCUCUCUCGCACCAUAAAUAUUGUUUGCGUCACCCAGGCUCCAGUCGCACCACAUGCCUUCGGUUUGAAGUGGGAGGAGAGCAAGUUGGGUGGGUGCCUUCCAAAGUGGCGUCCAUUUUGAGUAAAUUUCCAGAGGUCUUCAAUCCACCACAAGGCGGCGCUAUUACUCUGUGCCAAAAUCUUGACUCCUAUGGGAGGAGGUCAGAGGCUGUAGAUUCUGUUCUUCAGUCACUUAGGAGGGAAGGCUUAUUGACUGUCUUGAAAGGAUGGAGAGAUUAGGUGAGAGUACUACAAAAUACUGUAAAACUGAAAACAAACGUUUACUUUUUUUAUUUUUAUUUUUUACAAAUCCUUGAAAUUAUAUAUUUGUGCCUCUUCUAUAGAAGUAUGAAGUAAUGCCCAGAUUCUGCGACACUCCACUAAUGUGUAUGGAGAGAUCGGCCACAAGUAAGUUGUGUCCUAAACAAUAACAGUAGAAAAUAAUCCCAGUGUUCGCCCCUGCCAUUGCAUGCCCCAUUAACAUUGUCUUUGUAGGCCUUUUUGGUGUGAAACGGUAUGGAGUCCAUAUUAAUGGGUACUGUCAGGAUGAAAAUGGGGAACUCAGGAUGUGGGUGGGACGACGAUCCAUGACCAAGCAAACCUACCCUGGAAAACUGGACAACCUGGUCAGCACCUAUUUAAAAAGAGAAUACAGCCGAUGACAUAUUACCUGUACAUAUUUUUAGUGAAUGGCAAACUGUGGUUUGAUAAUGUUCUUCCACCAUGUUUUCAGGCAGCUGGGGGUCUAGCAGCAGGUAUCAGUGUGAAAAACACCCUGAUCAAGGAGUGUGAGGAGGAGGCCUGCAUCCCAGCAGACAUAGCAGAGACUGCCCGCCCUGUGAGCACAGUGAGGUGAUUGACAACUCAACAGGAGUAGCCUGCUCUCUCUGCAGUGUCUCAUUGAGAAUGUCUCUUUGCAUGCUUUUACAUAGGCCUACAAUCUUAUCCACAUUAUUUCAAUCAUCCCUGUGUCUUCUCUCAUAGCUAUACUUAUGAGGAUGAGGAGGGGGUGUUUCCAGAAAGCCAGUUUGUGUUCGACUUAGAGCUACCUCCUGAGUUCAAGCCUAGAAUAGGGGAUGGGGAGGUGCAAGAUUUCUACCUCUACUCCAUGGACAAGGUCAGGCACUCUACUUUUGAGCACCUCCAGUACUGCAUGAUAGUUUUUAUGUCUGGCCCACGAAUAAUGAAUUCAAGUAGGCCUACAAUGUUGUUUUCAGUUGAAGGAAGUGCUGGUCAGUGACGACUUCAAGCCCAACUGUGCCAUGGUGGUCCUAGACUUCCUCAUCAGACACUCCUACAUACAGCCUGACACAGGUUUGUAUCAGUACAUCAAUCAAUUACAUGGGAUAACAUAGUUAUAAAAACUAGGCAGAGGCUGGGGAUCUGUCUUAACCACACUGUAUAUUUGUGAUGAUGUAGUCUAAUCUUUAUAGUUACGCUGCCAUAUCGUAGCUAAGAAAUAACACUACGACUGCCACCUGUUUUGCUGAUGCUUGCAAUGAUGGUGAACUCCCCACCUGAGUUUUGCAUUGGGGCAAAACAAUCUGCGUAACAGGUUACAACUGUUAUUUCGCAAGUACCACAGGAUGUGAUUGAAAUUUGCCAGAGUAGCUGUUCCACCUUUGAACGUUAUAGGCAGCUGAAGUGUGUAGCUGGUAAGCAGUUUGACAAUGACAACAUGCCAAUGAAUUCCAGUGAUCAGUCUGCCGCAAGGACAAUUAAAAAAAUAUUAAAAUCGCUAUUUAGACUGCCUGUGUCUUCCUUGUUUGAUAUGCCUAAAUAGCUGCAUGUACUCCCU